AUGGGGGCGCAUCCGAAAGACAAAAAGCAUCCUAGGUUUGGGCAUUUGCCAUUGGCGACCUCAGGGCCCCAAGAAUGUGCCUUGACUGGCGCAGCACUCCUACGCGCGCCAUACUUGAACAAAGGCUCCGCCUUUCCGCCAGAAGAACGGAAAGAAUUCAAGCUCCAUGGCCUUCUCCCUCCUAAUGUUCAGACGCUGGAGGAACAAGUCCAACGAGCAUAUGAACAGUACAGCAGCCGGCCAAAUGAUCUGGCGAAGAACACAUUCAUGACGAGUCUGAAGGAACAGAAUGCGCUCAUCGAAGAACAUCUAAAGGAGAUGUUUUCGGUCAUCUACACGCCAACCGAAGGAGAGGCCAUUGCAAACUACUCAAGAUUGUUUCGAAGACCUGAGGGUUGCUUUCUGAAUAUCGAGGAUCAGGACCGAGUGGAUGACAACAUCGCUCAGUGGGGAAACGCUGAGGACAUUGACCUGAUCGUAGUCAGCGAUGGCGAGCAGAUACUCGGCAUCGGAGAUCAGGGCGUAGGCGCUAUUCUUAUCUCAGUCGCCAAGCUUGCCAUCUAUACGCUCUGUGCGGGCAUUCACCCUUCUCGCACGCUCCCGGUCGUGCUUGAUUGCGGGACGAAUAACGACGAACUUCUGAAGGAUGAGCUGUAUCUCGGUCUACGUAAACCUCGCGUGCGGGGAGAAGAGUACGAUUCUUUCGUAGAUACGUUCGUUAAGGCGUGUCGGAAGAACUACCCAAAGGCAUACAUUCACUUCGAAGACUUUGGCCUCCCUAAUGCGCGGCGUAUCCUUGACAAGUACACGCCCAAAAUCGCAUGCUUCAACGAUGACGUCCAAGGUACUGGCUGUGUUACGCUAGCUGCUAUCAUGGCAGCUAUGAACGUCAGUAAGGUCAAGUAUGAGGAUCUAAGGGUGUUGUGCUUCGGUGCGGGCACGGCGGGUACUGGUAUUGCCGACCAGAUCAUGGAUGCUAUAGCACUAGAAACGAAUAAGUCAAAAGAAGAAGCAGGGAAGCAGAUCUGGUGUGUGGAUAAGCCAGGCUUGCUGCUCAAAUCCAAAAAGGACCAGCUCACUCCUGCUCAAAUACCCUUCGCUCGUGAUGACGCCGAAUGGGAAGACAAGGAUCACAAUGACCUCGUCAGCAUCAUCAAGGAGGUUAAACCUCAUGCUCUGAUCGGAACCUCCACGAAACCGAAGAGUUUCACGGAGGAAGCGAUUAGGGAAAUGGCGAAACACGUUGAGCGGCCGAUCAUCCUCCCACUCAGCAACCCCACGAAGCUUCACGAGGCUCGUCCUGAUGAUCUGUUCAAGUGGACUGAUGGAAAAGCCCUAAUCGCCACUGGAAGCCCUUUCCCUCCAGUCGAGCACAAUGGCACAAAGUACGAAGUGGCUGAAUGCAACAACUCCACAACCUUCCCCGGAAUCGGUCUCGGCGCCAUCCUCAGCCGCACCCGCCUAAUGUCCCCACCGCUCCUCGUGGCUGCAACCAAGGCUCUUGCCGCACAAGCGCCCGCACUUAAAGACCCGAAGGCCGGUCUGCUCCCUGACGUCACCGAUGUGCGCGAGAUCAGCGUCAAGAUUGCCAAAGCGGUUAUCCAGACUUCAAUCAAAGAGGGCUUGAAUGAAGAAAAGGAAAUCCCUGAAGACGAGGAAGACCUAGAGGAAUGGAUUCGUGAGCAGAUGUGGGACGCAACCUAUCGGCCGCUGAAGAAAGUUGAGCAUGAUGGCGCGAGUUCGCAUGCGAAGGGUGAGCAGGGUACGGGGUCAGCGAGGAGAGGUGGCUCCUGA